AUGAUUUCUUAAGUUUAGGAUUUGUAUUAACUUAUCUACAACAAACUUGUAAAUAAGGAAUCUCUUGAACCAUCCUUACUCACUAGACUACACACUUAGAUCUUCUUGUAGAAUAUGGAAUAGAAUUGUGAAUUAGAAGAAUUUUACUAUGAUAUUCUAAGAAAACACAUCUAAAGUCAUCAUUCAAUUUCUCCUGAAUAAUUGGAAAUAUUAGUUAAUGUUGUGUAUUAUCUUGGUAUAUUCAUUAAUUAAUAGACACUAUUUACUAAGGCAUUCCAAAUUAUUAAAGAAAAUUUAAUUGAUAAUCAGCCAAUUAUUUAGAAUUCAUUAUAUUUGAACAUCCUUUAAGCUUGCGGCUCAUAAAAGAUCUGUUUAAAACAAGGACAUUAAUUUGUCAACAUAGAUAUCAACAACAAUUAUUUCAAAUCACGAUUUCUUACGCCAUACCUUGAUUCAAUAACCUAAAGAAUACCAAAAGAUCAUAUUAUAUAAUUCAUUGAGAAUGAAUAACAAAAAAUCAAAUCACUCCAUCCUGAAUCAGAGAAUUAUGUAAUAUAAGAGUUGAAAUUCUUCAUUAUUUAGUAAUAACUUAAAACUGUAGAUUUCAAAAAAAAUUCUUAAGAAUUACUUGAUUUAUUCAAUUUUCUUCAAAUUGAAGAUAAAUACCAAUACAAUCUCAAGCAAAAGCUUUCUAAUCUAUAAGACAAGGAUAAUUCUAUCAAUUCUUUUUAUUAAUUAGCAAUCAAAUAUAAAGAAUUUCUUUAGCAAUAUCUUGAUUUAGAAUUUGAGUAAUUCUUUUCAUUGUUUAAAGAGCAACUAAAUAAUAUUUAGAAUUUCUAUUAAAAAGAAAAGCAUAUGUUAAUUGCAUUAAAUGAAAUAAUUGAAGAAUAUUUAAUAAAGCACGAUUGCCUACAAAAUUUGCUUGAAACUUCAGAUGAAAAUAUAGGUUAUUUCUCAUAAUGCAUGAUUUAAUCGAUUGAUCAUUUUAUUAAUUUAAUGAUGGAAAAAUUGUUCAAAUUAGUUUCACCUUACAGAUCUAAUUUUAAUUUAUCUCUUUAAAGAGCAAAAGUUAAUAAAAUGUCUUAAUAUCAUCAUAAAUUAGUGGAUAAAUAUAAAUUAAGAGAAUUGGAAAAAUAUUUAAAGAUAGCUUAAAAUUCAAUCAGCCCUUUAUAUUUACCAUACCCAUAAUUUAUUUCUUAGACUGCUGAAAUAAUCUCAGAUAUUCCACACUAAUUACACCAAUAUUUGCCUAAAGAAGACAAAAAAAGAUAUGAAUUAUCUGUUUAUGGUUAUGCUGAAGUUACAUAUAAAUAAGAUUAUACACUGGUCUUAAAUACAAAAUAAUUGGUUUCUCUGUAUCAUUUGAUCAAUAAUAACCAUAAAUAAAUUGAUGAAUUUAGUUUGAUUCUUUUUUAGAAAUUCGGUUUAAUAAAUGCUGAAGGAAAUAUAAAUAAUGACUGGUAACCAAGUCAUAAAUGUUUGAUAUUAUUUAAGUGA